CCGAGCCCGACGUUGCUUAACUUCAGUGAUCGGACGAGAACUGGUGUUUUUAACGUGGUAUGGCCGCCAGGAACUGGUCGAAACACUCGGUGUUCCCAGGCGGUCACCCAUCCAAGUACUAACCGAGCCCGACGUUGCUUAACUUCAGUGAUCGGAAGAGAACUGGUGUUUUCAACGUGGUAUGGCCGUAGACGU